GAUGGAAGGAAGGCAGCCAGGCUAGGCCCCGCUGGCCGACUGACCGUCCUCCAAGUCUGUUCUACCUUUACUCCGGUCUGCGCGUUCUUCAGGAACGUUCGUGCCGUUCUACCAAACCGCGCGAUUCCGCCUCGCAAAAGGCAAACGUCAACCGUGACCGCCGGUGCAACGUGUAUUCUUUGUCUUUUGGUUUAACAAGUUCAAGAUAAUCAGUUUUCCUCUAUUCUUUUUUUAUUUUUAAACCGACGAGGGAACAGUAUUUGUUCCUCGCCUCUUCUUCGUCAACUUUGUUCGCCGAUCACACGAGGAGUUAUUCUGUUAUUAUUCUUUUCAAAGCUUCGUUAGUUGAGUAGAAUCAAGUGAUAUGGCACAGCUGAUCAGCGUUAAGCUGUCCAGAUUCGAUGGAUCCCCUUGGGGUUUUCGUCUUCAGGGUGGCAAGGAUUUUGGCACUCCUCUAGUCGUGCAAAAGGUUAAUAGCGGCUCCCCGGCGGAAGCAGCUGGUUUGAAGGCCGGCGAUGCAGUUAUCAGGGUGAACAACACCGAGAUGUACAAUCUGAGGCACAAGGACGCGCAGGAUGUUAUCAUGAGAGCUGGAAACAAUUUCGAGAUCACUGUACAGAGAGGUGGCGGUACUUGGAAGCCACACGUGUCUCCGAUAAGUUCAACCCUUCCAUCGCCAUCGCCCACGUCCUCGGUUAGCAACAUUGCUCCAGUUACGAAGACGUCGUUGGCAGCCAAGAAGCAAGACGGACCGCUGAUCGGAAGCGGUCAUAAUUUCAGUCCAAAGCCAUUCCUGAAUGGAACGGGGGAUGGUUCGAUCAAAUCCAUCGUUAACAAACAGUACAACAGCCCUGUGGGUAUCUACAGUGAAGAAACGAUCGCGGAAACACUGUCCGCCCAAGCGGAAGUUCUAGCUGGUGGUGUUCUUGGUGUAAACUUCAAAAAGAACGAGAAGAAUUACAACGCAGAGAACAGCGAAGUGUUCAAAAUGGUCCAAGAAGCGGACAAAGAACCAAAGACACCGGAACCUGUAUCAUCGAGAACAGAGUUUUACUCGUCGGUGAGCCACGCCGUUGGCGGAAGGGCCACUUCGCCGAGAUCACCCACGCCUCUAUUUCAUGCUCUCCACGGCUUUGGUCCGGCUAUGAAUUCCAAUGAAAAUUCGUCGAGACGUCAACCGCAACGUCAGCAGUCCUCCUCUUCCUCCUCAGGCUCGUCGAGCGUCGUCGUUUGUAGCAACUGCGACCGUGUGAUCGUGGGUGUCUUUGUCAGGAUCAAGGAGAAGAAUCUACACGUGGAAUGCUUCAAGUGCUCUACCUGUGGCACUUCCUUGAAGAACGUCGGUUAUUAUAACAUCAACAAUAAAUUGUAUUGUGAUAUUCACGCAAAACUAGUCGCCAGACAAAAUGCACCUGCUGGAAUGGUUCCAAUCACCAUGCCACCAGGCGGAAAGGCUCCAGCGAGCACCAUUUCCGCUGCGCUAGCAAAUGCACCGUUGUCUCCACCUUUGAAUAAUCACGCAUCGUCGCCUCUACCGUUCUCGGCUUGCAAUCGUACGAGUCCCGAUUACGGAUUCCCGAAUAGUCAGCUAUCGUCCCUGAAUAGAAACGGAUGCAUCAGCAAUGGCAACUGUAACUGGGAAUCGAAAACGUUUACGAGCACGAUCACCAUACAAACGGGUAGCACAGAGCCCACCCGCCUUGGCACCUCGCCCAUCGAACCACCCAGUUUCCGAUCAGUCCAGGCGCCAACGUCUAACAAUCUAAUUGGUCCCAAGCCUUUCGGAGGAUCCAGUGUUUUAUCGUCGCCACCGUUAGUGAAUUCAGGAAACAGCACUCUUCCACGACCACAAAGUCAAACUGUGACUGAAACCUCCGAGACCCACGAAAAGUCCUAUUAUUACGAGCUGGUGGAUACCAAGCCCGAGUACCAUCCGAGUUCCGUGAAAUCGAAAAGUCUUAAUUGGCCACCACCGAAACCAAUCGAGGACAUAACUUAUCCCACCGCCAGUCCUUUGUAUAUCGAUCCAAAUCCUGUCCUCGACCGAAGAAACGUGCAAGCAGUGAAAGAGAAGUGUAUCGAGGCCUGCGAAAAAGCAUUGACAAGAAUAAGGGGUGAAAGCACCGAUCGCGAGGUCGAAAGGGUCAGUAGACAGUGUUGUUUCGACGAGGAUCCGAUGGAUCGGGUCAGUUGUCCAGGGCCCAUUUACAGGAAAGUGGAGCUGGUCGAGACCAGCGGUAGACAAUCAAAAAGUGAAAUAACAUCGAGACCCAGCUCGACCGACAGCGUCAGAAGAUCCUUGACACCGACCAGGAUCGUUCAACCCAUACCCAAACCAUGGACAGCUACCGUAACGACUGGAAGUAAUCUGUACGAGCAAACUUACGGCGGGACAGAACCGCCAAAAGUCUGUAAGAAGUUCCAUCAGAAGGAGAUCUGUCAACGGGAGAGAAUCUGCGAGAGGAACCAACCCUUCCGGGAAGAACAUCGUUCAUAUCGCUCUGAAUUCAGUCGAACGGAACAAACGGUCUGCGAGAAACCACCGCUUCCUGUGCAGCACACGGUGAAGCAGCAGGAGACUAAGGAAGAGAUCACAGAAGUUGACAAGGAAGUCAUUGACUUGAGACCAGCUGACGAGAUCGAGGAAGAUGAUUCCGACGGGAAAGGAAUCGGAGGAGAACACGAUUUUAUUACCGAGACUUCCGAAGAAGACGUGGAUGGACUGCACGUGAAGAAGAAGAUGACCUUCGAGAAGACCAUCGAGAGAACCCCGUCACCUGCACGACCCAGCACUCCGAUGAUAGAGGAGUCCGUCGCGGCGGAGACGGUCGAAGAGGCGACGGAGAAGAUCGAAGAGAGUUAUACCAGAAAAACUGCUACGCACAUCGACAGAAAAGUUGAGGAGUCUGAAGAGAAGACGGUUGUAGAGUCAGCUGAAGUGGUCACCUCGGCGGUGGACGUUCAACAGAUGCUGGAGAAGGCGAAACAGGAGGAAGAGGAGCGAAAGAGAGAGGAAGAGGAAGAGGAAAGACGAAGGCAAGAAGAGGAAGAGAGAAGAAAACGCGAAGAAGAGGAACAGAGGAGAAAACGCGCCGAGGAGGAACGAAGGAGACAGGAGGAGGAAGAGCGAAGCAAACAUGUCGCUUUCGAAGAAGAGGAAGUGGAAGAAGUUCGAGAACAUCCACUGGGAAGAACAGUGGUCCGUGAAGAGAGGGUGACGGAAGCUGAAGGUGACACGCCUGGACGCAAGAAGCUCAUCAAGGAGACUUACGAGGAGAUCACGGAGGAAGUGUUGGUCCAGGAACGCGUCAGGAGGAAGGCGAUCGAAGAUGAACGCAGGAAGAGUUUGAGAGAACAGGUAGAAGUUCAUCAAAGUUUGAGAGAGCAACAGGCACCCAAGGAUAAACGCGUAUGCUCCAAGUAUCCUCCGGCUCAAGAAAUCAUGGAGACUAAUAAAAAACGAGUUCAAUUCGUGAAGCAGACCGAUUCAGGUCCCAAGCCCAUACCGCAUUCUGCUCUUCAAAACGCUACCCCCAAAGAGUGGAAGUCUGAAAUGGUGAACGCUUUGACCACGGCACCCGAUCGACCCUUCACUCCUCUCAGCACCUCGUCGAGUAUAAAGGAGGUUUACACUGAAGAGACGAUAUACCUGGAUCACAGGUGUCGACCGAAACCACCGCCAGAGAAUCUACGACCCAUUUCACCGUUCCAGGAGGCGCUUAUGAUCGCCCCGGAACGUCCUUACACUCCUCUGAGUCGCGAAAUUGGACCGGAAGACAGAAACGUUUGCAGUCGGUCUCAGACCCCAGUGCUUCAGGACGGGGGUAAAUACCCUCCACCCGCUGGUCUCCUCUACGGCGAGGGUAAACCCAUCGUUGCACCGUCUCCUAAACCCUGUGGUCCACGACCGUUACCGACACCACCGCCCGACUUCCGUCUAAGGGAUUCAUCCGCGUCUCCGGUGAGGUCUCGGCCCCAAACACCUUGCAGCAAAGGCAUCACAGCUUCCCUGAAGAAGCCGGACACCAUACCUUCUUAUCAGAGGAACCUAGUAGCUAUGAGAAGAGGCGCGGUUGAGAGUCACACGUAUCUACCCAGCAGGACUCCGACGCCUACUCCGGGAAGAUCAAAGUCGCCCGCCUAUGGACCACCGGAACCUCCCCCAUGCUAUAUGAAGGCUCAUGCUCCGAGGAUCAGAGAGGAUCCACCUCCCGCCAAGCACAGCUCCAUACACUUCCCAACGAAGAAGAGCGUCUCUUACAAGAUAGACGAAGACACUGACGAGGGACACAGAAAAGCCGAGUACGCCGCCAGCAAGACGGUGGACUUUGACGAGAAACGAACCGACGAUCACGGUCGAGAACCCACGGACGCGGUUCAUGCUCAGUACCAAGAGAAACGGUUCAUGACGAGCGAGGAAAUCAACGAACAGAAGCUCUCGCUGACGAAGAAGUCGCUCGAGGUUACCGAAGACUUUGAGAGAUGCGAAAGAAGGGUACCGGCCAGACCUUUGCCGGAGCCUCGAGAGAAACCAUCCAAGGGCACGUGUGCCAUCGGUAGAACGAGCCCCUGCAAACUAACUCUGCCUUGCCCUUUGGCUUCCAAGACGGAAACGAGCUCGAGCGUGCAACCGGUGUACACCAGCUCGACGGAAGUGCGUCACGUUAGCUACGGCCCUCCACCCUGCAAACCGUGUCCAGAUACCGGAGUAACGGUGCUACCUUGCAAAGCUCACUCUGAUCAAGGCACCAAGGCGGGUGUUGUAGUGGUGCCUUGCGAGGGACCUAAGCCUUGCUGUCAAAAAUCAGGCGUAUGCGUGGUUCCAACGUCGGACCGUUCGGGAGUUUGCGUGUCUCCUUGUAUGGGUAUGCAAACGGGAAGCUGUGGCCAACCGGAAGGACGCUGCGGUCGGGAAUCAGCCUGCGAGAUCGAGAUUCCAAACUGUCCAGAAUCUGGAAUCUGCGUGGCACCCUGCGCCGAUGGUUCUGUCUGCGUGGCACCCUGCGGCAAACCCGGCCCACCACCGUCGGCUAAACUUCCUUUCCCUCAAAUUUCUUUCCCGUACGGGGAUACUUCCGCUUCUUCGCCUUGCAAAAACUCCUUCCAGCCUAUUCACAAGCCUCGCACUAAUCUGAGUGGGCAGCUCGCGCGACUCACUGCUAAAACCGGUCACAAUGUACCCACUGUUCAAUUGUACAAGCCCCAAGCUCAAACCGAUGCAGCAAGCUGUUGCGAGAGCAAAAGUUAUUGUCAAAAGACCCAAUGUUACCGAUCCACCGAAACUCAUUGUCAAUCGAGUGGUCAAUGUUCAAACAACGCCCGCUGUCGAACCGGGACUCAAUGUGAGACCCAAAAUCACUGCCAGGACGGUAUCCAUUGUUCCCCGUCUAGUAAUGCCCAGAGUAUAGUAGAUCCACCAAAUUUGUCAUCCCACCCGGAUCUAGGUAGCGGAAUCGGUGGUCUCGGUGGUGCUGGCUCCAAGAGCGGAUCUUUCGCUGGUAGCAGCGCACCAAAACGUGGAAGGGGAAUACUGAAUCAAGCGACUGGACCGGGAUCACGGGUACCCCUUUGCGGCCAUUGCAACUCUUACGUCAGGGGACCUUUCAUCACCGCUUUGGGACAAAUCUGGUGCCCUGAUCAUUUCGUCUGCGUGAACACCCAAUGUCGUCGACCUCUUCAAGACAUCGGUUUCGUAGAAGAGAAGGGCCAACUCUAUUGCGAAUAUUGCUUCGAACGUUUCAUCGCUCCAAGUUGCAACAAAUGCAAUAUCAAGAUCAAAGGCGAUUGUCUGAAUGCAAUUGGAAAGCAUUUCCACCCUGAAUGCUUCAAAUGUUCCUACUGUGGAAAACUAUUUGGCAACAGCCCAUUUUUCCUCGAAGAAGGCUUACCCUACUGUGAAGCUGAUUGGAACGAGCUGUUCACAACAAAAUGUUUCGCGUGUGGAUUCCCAGUGGAAGCUGGAGAUCGCUGGGUAGAAGCUCUGAACAACAACUACCACAGCCAGUGUUUCAAUUGCUCGAUGUGCAAGAAGAACCUCGAAGGUCAGAGCUUCUACGCGAAGGGUGGUCGUCCAUUCUGUAAAAACCAUGCGCGUUAGAACCAACAUUUAAAAUAGAAGAAAGGGUCGAAACGAAAAAGAAUAGGAAAAGUCGAAAAAAAGAAAAAAAAAAAUGAAUGAUUAACUUUACCAGCACGAAUUCUUUCUGCACGUAUUAUUUCUUCGCUUGCCGUCGACGACAAUUAAGAAAGCAAACGAUUACGAACGAAUUACAUCGAUUAAUUAUCAUUUCUCCUGCAAGAAUUCAAAGUCGAUCGAGGAUAAAACAAAGUGUCCUUCGUACUUUAAGGAUCGCAGCCCCGAAACGAUCGCGUUUCUUCGGAUUUCCGUGCUUCCAGCUUUUACGAUAAUUAUUCAAGCAAAUUCUUUGCCCGACAAAAUGACAAUUGACAAUCGCAUGACGAAAUAUUGACUAACCCGAUUCGAUGAUAAACCCGGUGAAGCUAAUUUACAUGAAUUGCCAAUUAAUUUCCAACGAAAGGAUAAUACAGUCACGUAACUCGUAAACUUUCUUUAAAGAAUAUUCGUAAGAUUGUCAGAUUAAAGUGUAGCCUAAGAAGUUUGAAAAUUCUCAUUUUGAAAAACGUAAGUCGACGUAAAAGUGUCCAAAGCAUGGAGAUCCCUCUAAAUGGCAAAGUUUCCUGAAUUUCAUGCGCUUCGCAUCGCAAUUUCUGCGACAAGUUAUUCGCGUUUCCGGUGGUGGACGAGUCUCGAAUACUUGGCGUAAUCGUUGCCGCAGAAAAUUCUGCAACGAACGCGCAUCAACUUGGUCUCCUGCUUUUCGAUCACGCAAAGGUCAUGCGAGCAAUUAGUAUUACGGGUAUUAUCACAUAUUUCGUACUAUCAAGGUGCAUAGAAACCGCGUCGUCACGAAAACGCUGCCUCUUUGGAGAUACGAAGGAAACUGACCUGACUUUCGAUGAAAAUUCUGACGAGGAAGAUACCCUCCUCUCGUCGAAUCAAUUAUUAUUCGGGUUUUACUAGUCAAUCAUCGAUGAUGCUCGAAAUGUAUCGUGCAGGGAAUAAAAAAGAGAAAAAAAAACGACGAAUAUUAUAAUUCUAUGCGCGUGGAUCGUCAAUUAACUUGUUAUCUUUAACAAGAAGAAAAACUAGAAUCCUCGUAACGAUGUAACUUAUUUUACCCUGAAAUCAGGGCGAUUCAAGACGACCGAUAAAUAACAGAAUCCGUUCAACAGCUCUUGUCUUUCAGAACGAACAGAAAAUCUGUCUGUGAGAAAAUGUAAAAGGAGAAUAAGAUUGCACGCUGGUACGUUGAUACUUGAAUCGUUUUAAAUUGCCUCGUUUUCAGGGUACACGAUGAUAAAAGUGAUGAACGAGUUGAUAAUCGGGAAACUCGUACUCGAUAGCAGUUGCCAUAUUAUUAUUUUAGACAAUGUUACCGAUUUUUCUGUGCCAUCGUCGCAGGCUCGUGUCAAAAGCUUGCGAAUCGAAGGACGAUAUAUUUAAAUGUACGUUGUAUAGUUUAGUAAGUAACGAAAGAGACGAAGAAGGAUAUCGAAGAAAUUCAUAUGACGAAGUCGAUUUCCUUUAAAAGCGUUCAACAUUGCUAAUCGAUUAUGCAAUUUCGCGAUUAGGAUUAAUACUAAUUAUAGAUCGACUGCUGGCUGAAUAUCGCACGAGCCUUUGUAUCCGUGUUACGUGUUGCUUACAAUAAAAUUGAAUAAAAUGUUCACGAUAAA